AUGGCUGAGGCUAAAGACGCCAAGAACGAGUCCGGGGCCGGGUCCGCGCCGGCGCCGGAGCCCCUCACGCUCCCGCUCGGGGAAGCUGGGGCGGCGGAGCCGUACAGCAUCUUUACACGCAAGGAGAAGUGGUUCAUCGUAGCCAUGGUCGCUGUGGCCGGUUUCUAUAGCCCCUUGCCAGCGAACAUCUACCUUCCGGCCAUUCCAAAGCUCUCCGAGGCGUUUGGGAAGUCGGUUGAGCUUCUCAACCUAACUGUCACAGCUUUCCUAGCUAUGCAGGGCAUAUCGCCGAUGCUCUGGGGCCCUCUGUCGGACCGCUAUGGACGACGACCGGUCUUCCUGGUGUGCCUUACUAUUCUCAUUGGGGCUUGUGUUGGUAUUGCUGUUUGCCCGACAGAUGCCUUCUGGCUCCUCAUUGUCCUCCGUUGCCUUCAGGCAGCAGGCUGCGCGAGUACCAUUGCGCUCGGCGCCGGUGUCAUCGGGGAUAUCUCGACACCUGAGGAGCGAGGCGGCUUCUUCGGAAUGUUCAAUCUGGGGCCUAUGAUUUCACCGUGUAUAGCCCCCGCGAUCGGAGGUGCUCUGUCCGACAAGUUGGGAUGGCGCUCGAUCUUCUGGUUUCUGAUAGCCAUGGCUGUCUGUUGCCUCCUGUUUAUCCUGCUCUUUCUUCCGGAGACCCUCCGCAACCUGGUUGGAAAUGGAAGCGUCUCCCUCGGUGGUAUCUACACCCCCUUAGUUCCCGUCGUCGGAAGAUCGAGAAAGAAGCAGAAGACUACCCCUUCAAAGCCUGGAGUACGACCCUCUAUCAACCCCUUCGUCAUCCUCGUCUACCCCGACGUCGCCAUCACGCUGGCCUUUACCGGCGUAGUCUAUGCUGUCAACAACACCGUCGUCACCACCAUCGCCUCCUCCUUUGCUAGGGUUUACCCGUGGCUGUCGGAGACGGCCCUUGGUUUAUGCUAUCUGCCAACAGGUUUCGGUAUGAUCGUUGGCAGCACGCUGACGGGUAAGUUCCUCGACUGGGACUAUGCCCGCAUCAAGAAAAGGGUCGAGGAGGCCGAUGGUGCUAUCGAGUUCCCAAAGGAGUACGCUCGGUUACGGACCAUGCCCGUGCUAUUGGUCCUAUUCUCGGGUGCAGUGAUAGCUUGGGGCUUUUGUGUGGAUAAAGGGGUGCACAUUGCAGUUCCUCUCUGCUUACAGGUGUUUUUGGGAUACACGUCCAUCUCGAUCCUCAACACCACGAUGACCCUCAUGAUCGAUAUCCUGCAGAGUAGAAGCUCAGCGGCGACCGCAUGUACCAACCUAGUCAGGUGCCUGCUUGCGGCGUUGUUGGUGGGUUUGAUUGAUAGAAUGACUGCGGCUCUCCGAGUGAGCUGGAGUUAUGUGCUUCUUGGCGGCGUGUGCGCUCUCCUGCUGCCACUGAUGUACAUCGAGAUGAAGGUCGGGCCUAAGUGGAGGUUGAGGCGGGAUUUAAAAUCGGUGGAUGAUUAG